CACCUGAUGAGUUUGAGCAUGGAUAUGGAAGACAUUUGUAAGAUCAUUGUUACAGCUGCAGGUGGGGCCGGUGCUGUGGUCUUGACUCCUACUCUCCUGGCCUCCCUGGGUUUCACCUCAACUGGGAUAGCAGCAGGCUCCCUUGCUGCCAAACUAAUGGCAUAUUUUGCAGUUGCUAAUGGAGGAGGUGUGGCAGCUGGGGGUCUGGUGGCAUUCCUCCAGUCACUGGGUGCAGGUGGUUUUUCAGGAGCAGGAAGUGUACUUACGGCCGGCGCUGGAGGAGCUGUAGGAUGGCUGAUAUCAACCAUUUGUAAUGUAACUGUAAUCAGUGGGGAGUAACUACUUAAAUGUAACAGUGUUACAUAAUUUAAGUGUAACUGUAAUCCUUACAAUUACUGAGUAAAAAUAUGUAAUUAAAUUACAAGUACUCAUGAAAAUGUUGACGAUUACAAAGGAUGUUACAGCUGAAGGAUUCUGUAAAAAUCUUAGGCUAUAUGUUGAAUAAUAUUCAUUUUGUUGCUUUGCAUGUUUUUGAUGUGCACAAUACCCUCUUUUGUCAUUUCCAGUCAAGGCCAUUAUUAAAGCCGUUUGAUGCUA